UAUUGGCUGCACUGACAUCUGACAUCUGAUAUUUGUCGUGACGUUUGGCGCUCGCAUCGUAUUGCCAUGAUCGCGGCGUGUGAUUCUGCGCGGACGAUUAUUUUGACAAGUACUUUGUAUAACGUGUCGGUUUAAAGUGAUUCGAAGCAUCUGUCGAUGAGAGGAAAGCGAGAUCCAUGGAUUCCGAUUAAUAACGGUUUGUCGCAAUCGUAUACGAGAUCCUGUCAGUUUACUUGAACAGUGAGAAACACUCGUUUCAAUCGUACACUCUUCCUCUUGAAGUAUGGCAUUGACGAAUAUCUUGCUGCUCAGUCAAAUAGCGGGCUACGUCGUGGCUCUUAUCUUGUCACUCUGCAUCAUCGUGCCUAUGAGCCUGCACCAGGAUGAAUUUAGAGGACAUUGUCUCCUGUUUUCGACCGGAGUCUGGCAGGAAUCAGAUGGCCAAUUCGUGGUGAAUUGGGCAUCGCAGGCAUACUGUAAUUAUACGAUAUUCGUAGGCCUGAUGCUCUUCAUAGCAUCGGCAGUACAGAUCUAUCGGAUGUCACUACUCAUGUACCGUAGUGAGGAUAGCUCGUUUCUCUCCGCGUUUGUGGAUGUCGUCACGUCCAUCAUCCUCACUACCAUCACCCUGGUCGCGGCGAUUACCGUUACUUUAGGCUUUAUGACUUGGUGCCAAUAUAUGACCAAGAGGUUCCCAUCAUGCGAGUUAGCCGCUGGAAAUGAUAUUGAUAAGGCUGACGGUAUCGACACAUCUGGUUUUCAUAUCGAACUCGGUGCUGCUCAGUUUGGUAUUUGGAGUAGUCUAUCGAUUUGGGUCGGUUUGUCGGUUUUUGCUGUUUUAAAACUGUUACGAUAUCAUCAAUUGGAGAACAUGAAAGUAUCUAUGUAUAGAGAGAGGCAAAAAUUAAUAGAAGCGACUACAAGUGGUACUCAGCAGCAGGAACCGAGUUAAAAUUCAGUCGGUUAAGUUUUUCUCAGGGGUGAUAUGUUUAAAAAUAUGUUUGUUGAAUCACAAGGGCAAAUAAGAUUAUAUCUCUAAAAACAUA